UCAGUGCCCGUUGAGACGUCGAAGGGGGAGGAGUGCCGCGCAUCGCUCCUGUCACACUUUACAAAUACCCCAAAAACUACGAAAUAAAGGUACCCACGGGGCCGCCAUCUUCACUACACCAUUAUUAACAUCUGCUGGAUCAUUAGGAGUGUCGGUAGAGGUGUGGCGCGGGUGUAAGCAGGUGUACCGUGUGCUUAAAAGGACAGGUGUGUUGAAAAUUAUUAAGGUUAUGCCUGACCUAAGCUUCUGUGACCUGUCUGUGUGUCUGUGUGUCUCUGUGGGUGACCUGUGCCUCCGUGACCUCUGUGUGACCUCUCUGUGGCAUCGGUGAGGUCAAGAUUAAGACUGACAGCAGAGGAGAGACAGACAGACAGACAGACACACAGAAUGUAGCUGAAGAAGAAGAAGAGGAAGAAGAAGAAGAAGAAGAAGAAGAAGAAGAAGAAGAAGAAGAAGAAGAAGAAGAAGAAGAAGAAGAAGAAGGAAACAAAAGAAAAAAAGAAGAUAAGGAAAGAAAGAAAGAAAGAAAGAAAGAAAGAAAGAAAGAUGAAAUAUAAGGAUGGAUAAGAGGAACAGAUAGGGAAUAGAAAAAUAAAAAGGAAAAAAAGAAAGAGAUAAAUAAAGGAAGGAAAUGAAAAGCAGUAGAAUCUAAAACAAACAAACAACAAAAAAAAUAAAUAAAUAAAAGUAAAAAUAAAAGAAAAUGAAUAACAACAACAGAUAGCAAAAAAAAAAAAAAAAAUCGAAAAGAAAACGGGAAAAGAAAGAAAAUGGAAAUUCUAUGGAACGAGAAAUGGAGGAGGAGGAGGAGGAGGAGGAGGAGGAGAAGGUGGGGGGAGAGGAGAUGGUGCUGAUGGUGGUGUUAGGAAUGUUAUGUUGCCUUCCUAACACCACUGCCUCUAACAUUCACCACCACCACCACCGCCACCACACCGCCACCACCACCAUCACCACCGCUGCCACUUCUGAGCACGAAUUUGAUAAUUACGUCAGUUAUAGUGAGUUGGUAAGUGACACAGACAGGUUCACCAUCCCAGGAGUGACCAGCUUCACCCAACUCCUCUUUGACCCCACCAACUAUCAGGUCAUCGUGGGCGCAAGGGACCACAUUUACCGGCUGAGUCUAGUCGGCCUGCAGCAGCUGGAGGAGGCUAAGUGGGCGUCCAAUGGCAGCACAGUGGAGGUCUGCAAGAUGAAGGGCCAGAGUGCAGCAAACUGUCAUAAUUACGUCAGGGUUCUGCACAGAUAUGGGGACCGCGUGUUAGUCUGUGGCACUAACAGCUUCAGCCCUUUGUGCACUUGGAGAAACCUGUCCAAUAUAGGUCACAUUGAGUCCUCAGAGAAGGGCGUGGCUCACUGUCCCUUUGAUCCACGACACAGCAUAACCUCCCUUGUGACCCCAGAUGGUUCUCUCUAUGUUGGGACCUUCACAGACUUCACAGGCAACCACCCAAGGUUCAUGAGGAUGCUGGGAAAUAACCGAUCCCUUUGGACAAAACAGUGGGAGACCAAGUGGCUCUCUGCACCGACCUUUGUGGCCUCGUUCCUUGACGCGGGGUUUGUCUACGUGGCCUUCACUGAGAAUGCUGAGGAGGCCCUGAGCUGCGGAAAGCGUGUGUAUUCCCGCCUCGCUCGAGUGUGCCGCAACGACCGAGGAACAGCACAGAACAAUCACUGGACGACGUUUCUGAAGGCCCGGCUGUCCUGCUCACGGCCCGGCCCCCACCCCUUCCACUACAACUAUGUACAGGCCCUGGUGCACCUCCCUCAGGAGCAGCUGAUCUAUGGGGUGUUCUCGACGGCUGCGAACAGCAUUGCAGGAUCAGCAGUCUGUGCGUUCAACAUGACCGCUGUUAACAUGACUUUUGAGGGGCCCUUCAAAGUCCACUCAUCCACCUGGGGGCCUGUGACGGAUGACAAUUCACAGUUCCAGUGCCAGAAUUCCAAGUCGACCCAUGAUGCCGAACUAAUGGCUAAUAAGUACCAGAUGAUGGACAAGCCGAUUGCUAGUCAAGGCCACAGUCCGUUGUUUACGAUUGAUGAUGUCAGACUAAGCCACAUCGCAGUAGACAUCAUAUCAACGCGGCAGAGUGGAAUGGUGCAUGUGAUCUUUGUGGCGGAGCGCAGUGGGAAGGUGAGGAAGCUGAGUGUGCCGUCCCAGAGCGGUGCCGCCAACCCUUGCCUACUGGAGGAGCUGUCCCCAUUCCCUGAUAACUCCUCUGUCACUAUACACUCCAUGAAACUGCUGAGGGAUACGAACUCACUUUACCUGGGAACAAGCGAGGGAGUGGUCCGCCUGCCAGUGCAUCGAUGUGGCCGACACAAGACCCAGCGUUCCUGCCUUUCUGCGAGGGAUCCUUACUGCGGCUGGGACACCAACAGACUGCAGUGCUCCCCUCCUCCGGGCAAGAACCCUCUGGUCACUUCUUGGCUGCAGGAGGUCAUGGAGUGUCCUGUUUCAACUGAUCCUGUGGAUGGGGAGUGGAGUGGGUGGUCCCAUUGGUCGUCUUGCCAGCAGUCAGGCUCUGGGGAUUCCUGUCAGUGCCGCCAGCGUGCCUGUGACUCCCCGGCACCAAGGAGGGGUGGCACUCACUGUACAGGGCCACAUAUUGAGGUCACCAAUUGCACAGUGCAUGGUGGGUGGACAGCCUGGUCGUCUUGGUCACAGUGCUCCGCUAACUGUGGCAUUGCAGUGAAGACUCGGCGGCGGACUUGUUCAAACCCCGCACCGAAACAUGGAGGUCGUGUGUGUGUGGGGCAGGAACGCACUGAGAUCUACUGCCACUCCUUGCCUCGCUGCCCCUCAUACACAGCCUUACCGGUGGAUGGCGGUUGGAGCGAAUGGGGGGCGUGGGGGACCUGCUCAGCCUCAUGCGGGGGGGCAGGGGUGCGGCAGCGGCGUCGGACAUGCACACACCCAUCACCAAAGAACGGAGGCUCGGACUGCGCUGGAUGUGGCGAGGAAACCGAAUCCUGCGGCAAGUGGUCAUGUCCAGAAACACGUCAACUUAGCUCCUGGUCACAGUGGGUCGGAAUCAAUGUCACAGGGGAAUAUGUGACCCAAAGGCGGUUCAGGGCAGAGUGUGUGGCCACAGGGAAUGCCAAGGACCCUCUGAGAACCGGGGACCUACAGCAAGAGGAUCGCGUGUGCCCAAAGGAAGGCUGGUGCGGUGGGGAGGUCCGUGCAGUGGUGGCGUCAAGUCCGUGGAGUGAGUGGAGCAAGUGCAGCGUGCAGUGUGGCGGUGGAAGACAGUGGCGGAGCAGGAGGUGUGGUGCAGACGGCUGUGGUGGUGGUGAGGCUGUCCAGGAGAGAGGCUGCAAUGAACACCCUUGCCCUGGUCUAUGGGCGUGUUGGCGGGAGUGGAGUAGCUGUUCUUCAUCGUGUGGGUCUGGCAAGCAGGUUAGGACGCGUCGCUGUGUCUCCUCCCACAACCCUUUCAUUGAUGCCUCAGACUGCUCAGGGCCGACCACCUCAUACCAGCCCUGUCACGGCCAUCCCUGCCCUGGGGAGGAGGGCUGGGGCAUGUGGUCACUGUGGUCAGAGUGUGGCGGCGGCGGCAGUGAGGAGCGCGUCAGGAUCCGCCACUGCCUCUCAGACGACCCCAGUCAGUGCCGUGGCCUUGACCUGCAGCGGGAGGCCUGUGCCCCUCUUAUGGAAGACAACGCCCCAGUGCUGGAACUCCUCGACAACAACAACCAAAACAACAACAACAACAACAACAACAACAACACCGUAACCGUCACCACCCUGGUCUGGUCCUGCCUGGCCUGUCUGGCGGUGGGGGCUCUUGUCGGCUCCCUCACCACCUACCACCUCUUCAUCCGCCGUUAUCGUCAUCGCCGCGUUCCAUCAUCCCCGCACUACAUCACUGCCAAGCCCAAUCAUUAUGUUAGUGUCCCGGCUGGGGAGAGGAGGGCUGGGACGUCGCCUGGGGGGUCGCUCAAGAGUGCUGGGGGUCUGAGGGCUGCCAUUGCUGCUACGCUUCCCCUUAAGGAGUUUGAUACAGCUACUAUUAAGAGGUCAAGUCAUGGAAAUGGUCAUCUGCGGGCCGAUCUUGAUUCCGAUACUAUUUUUAAUUUUUAGGUUUUUGUUUAAGUGUAAGUUUUUUUUUUCUUCAUUUUUUUCUUAUUGUGUUAUGAUUUUGUUUUUUCAUUGGUGCUUUUUUCUUCUUAUUUUCUUGUUCUUUUCUUUUCUUCCUUUUUUUUCCUCUUUGUAGUUUUAAUUUCAACUGAUUCUUUUUUUCUCAUCUUCUCUUUUUCCUCCUUUUUUCUUUUCUCUUCAUAAUUCAAAUUUCUACUGAUUCUUUCUUCUUCUCAUCUUUUCUCUCUUUCUUCUUUUUCCUCUUUACAAUUCUAAUUUCUACUGAUACUUCCUUCAUUCUCCUCAUCCUCUGUUUUCUCUUCUUCUUCCUUUCCUUUCUUCUCCCUUUCCUUUCUUCCUCACUGUCCUAAUUCCAGCCAACACUUCUCUCAUUCUCCUCUCCCUGGCCACAACCUGCUUCAAAUCCCCAAUGGUCACACAUAUCCUUAUCUUCUAGCAAUGUACAAUAUCAUUACAAUUUUACCAAUAUCAUUAAACUAUUUAUUACCAGUAUUUUUCCCUUCCUCUCAUUUCUUUGUGGCACUUACAUUUUCUCUCGUUUAUCUUUUAUCUCUGUUUCUUUAGUGAUGUUCGUCUUUUAAAAGCUGCACCUCUCUCUUUCUCUCUCUCUCUCUGUCUCUCUCUCUCUCUCUCUCUCUCUCUCUCUCUCUCUGUAGUUUUUAUUAUAUUGUAACAACUUUGCUCAAGUCUUUAUGGUGUGGGGUUGUCCCUUUGAGAGAGAGAGAGAGAGAGAGAGAGAGAGAGAGAGAGAGAGAGAGAGAGAGAGAGAGAGAGAGAGAGAGAGAGAGUAUACCUUUUAAUUUCCAAAAUGCACAACUAACUUUGGAAAUUGUAAGAAGAGAGGAGAGAAGAAAAAUAGUAAAAAAAAAACAUUGGAGAAAAGAUAAUAUUUAGACAAACUACUCUCUCUCUCUCUCUCUCUCUCUCUCUCUCUCUCUCUCUCUCUCUCUCUCUCUCAAUAGUAGUUACAGAAUCAAAUUCUCUCUCUCUCUCUCAAUAGUAGUUACAGAAUCAAAUUCUCUCUCUCUCUCUCUCUCUCUCUCUCUCUCUCUCUCUCUCAAUAAUAGUAACAAUCAAAUUCUCUCUCUCUCUCUCUCUCUCUCUCUCUCUCUCUCUCUCUCUCUCUCUCUCUCUCUCUCUCUCUCUCUCUCUCUCUCUCUCUCUCUCUCUCUCUCUCCUAACCUAACCUCCUAAGACUGCAAAAAACAUAUCUUGUGAUACUUAGUCUAGCCAAGACUGCCUAGAGAGGAACACAGGAGGGCACAGAGAGAGACUUUCUGUCCGUCUGUCUGUCUGUCUGUCCAUCCGUCUGUCGGUACGUGCCAAGGAACUGUGAUGAGGUCUUCCCUACAAGUCUGUGAUGUUGUUUUUGUUUGUCUUGAUGUGUUCUGCUGCCCACACAAAUGCAGGAGGUGAUGAAAUGUUUGGAAUGUUUAGUAAUAAGGAGUGUGGAAAUGUUUGUAAUGUUGCUUUGAAAAACAUUUGGGAGUAUUUGAAAUGUUACUGUGGAAAAAGAUUUGGGAAUGUUUGAUAUGUUAGUGGUAAGGUGUGCGGAAAUGUUUGUAAUGUUGCUCUGAAAAAGAUGAAGGAAUGUUUUAUAUGUUUAUCGGUAAAAGGAGUAAAAAUGUUUGAAACAUUACUCGGAAAAGUGAAAAUAUUUGAAAUGUUAUUCUGGAAAAGGUAUGGUAUUUUUUUAAAAGUUACCCAGAAAAAAACAAGUGAAAGUGUCUGAGAAAAGAUGUAUAAAUAUUUGCAACAUUACUCAGAAAAACGAGUGAAAAUAUCUGAAACAUUACCCUGAGAAAGACAUAGAAGUAUCUGCAACAUUACUCAGAAAAAACGAGUGAAAAUAUCUGAAACAUUACCCUGAGAAAGAUGUAUAAAUAUUUGCAACAUCACUGAAAAAAGACGUAUAAAUAUUUGAAACAGUGAAAAGACACACAAAUAUAUGAAACGUCACUGAGAAUAAAGGAAUGAAAAUAUCUGAAACAUCACCCUAUGAAAGAUGUACAAAUAUUUGGAACAUAACACAGGAAAGCACAUGAACAACUUUUAAUGAUUUAACACUUCACUGAGAAAAUGCAAAUUACGACAUAGGAUGUUUCUCCCUCUGCUAAGUGAAAUGAGCAAGAAGGAACAACAGAUAGAUGUGGAGACUAUUAAUACUGUGGUGCGGGAACUCUGAAAAGGUGUGGAAAGGUGAACUCUGGCAUAUGAAACUUUUCCUCAUCUUUGCACAAUGAAAUAUGGCUGAAGGAAUGAGAAAAGGCAAUGAAAAGUGUUAAUUUUGUGGUACAAUAUACACUGCAUACUGUGUUUUCCUUCCAUGUCGGGUGAAAGACAUUAUUUACUCUGGAAGAUGAAAUGAAAAACGGAAAAGUUGAGCUCAAGAAAACACACCUCUGAAAACCCCAAUAGCUUUUACAAGAACCUUUUAAAAUUAGGACCUUGAAAACAUCCUUGAAAACCCCAAUAACUUCCACAAGAGCCCUUUAAAACCAUGAAAACACCCUUAAAAACCCCAAAAACAAGACCCUCUUAUAACUUUGAAAACCUCCCUUGAAAACCCCAACAAUUUGCACAGGAACCUGAUAGACAGAUGGGAAAAGGGUGAAUUUCAAUAAUGUUCAAUUAUCUCUGUGACAAGAUUUCCCUGGCCCUGUGUGUGAAGGUGAAGUGAAGGUGGUCGUGAAGUCGGGAUAGGAAUAAAUGGUGCUGAUCUUUCUAGUGAUUAAGACACUUUAGGAAAACAAUACACACAGCAAACAAUUGUGACUGUGUUGGUGUGCCAGAAUGCAGAGAUGGAAUCAAACAGGACAUCUCUCAAUUGUGACUCGAGAAAGAUGGAAAACCGAACAAAUAUGAUUGUGAAGUAUAAAUAAGUAAGCCUUAAAAUUAUUAUAUUCUGACACUGUUGGUGCAGCAGAUUACAUAUUGUGGCGUUUGUGACCAAAAGUGGAUGGAUGGAAGAGAUGCUUACGUGCGACUUAAAGAAUUCAAGUGGAGAGGAAGGAAUGAUGGGGAAUGUUCGGCUGGAAAGAACUGAGAUGGAAGGAAGGAAUGAGUAAAACUAAGAUGGAAUGGGAGUGAAUGAAUGUGUUUGGCCAGAAAGAAUUGAAGUAGGAAGGAAGGAAUGAGAGAUAAUGAAUGUUUGGCUGGAAAGAAUUGAGAAAGAAGGAAGGAGCAAGUGGAAUUGAGACAGAACAUGAGUGAGAGAGGGUGUGUUUGGCCAGAAAGAACUGAAGUAGAAAGGAACGAGAGAUAAUGAAUGUUUGGCUGAAAAGAAUUGAAAAAGAAGGAAGAAGCAGAAUUGAGAUGGAAAGGAUGGAAUGAGAGAGAGCAUUUGGCCAGAAAGAACAGAAGAAAGGAAGGAAUGAGUGAAGAAAUAUUUAGCCAGAAAGAAUUGAGAAAGAAAGGAAGGAAUAAGUGACAAGAAAUAUUCAGCCAGGAAGAAUUGAGAAAGAAAGAAAGGAACAAGAGAGAGAGAAAGAGUGUGUUUAAUCAGAAAGAACAGAGAAACAAAGGUAGGACAGAGUGACAAGAAACAUUUGGCCAGCAACAAUCGUAGUAUCAGUCACAAAAUAGAGUUUGACGAACAAAUAAAUACUUGUGUUGGGAAUCUAGUCAAACAAGUGACAGUUUGGUUUAUAAUGACAGGGAAAUAGGGACCAAGAUGUAUGUAUAUUUCUCUCCCAGCAUUUUUUUACUGGUUUGUAAUGUAAUGUGUGUGUGUGGACGGAUGUGCCAUAAUUAUAACCCAGAUUUGUUAUAUAAUUUUUAUAUGGAAUUUGCAUAAAAUGUAAAUGGCUUAA